GAAGAGCAGUUCCCUCCCGACGUCAACGAUUGAAUAUCAAUCCGCCCUCCCACCAAAACGCCCUCCCCCGUUCCGUCUGAGUCUCGAUCCGUCAAGGCGACACGAUGCUGCGGCAUACUCUAGCACGUUCGGCUUGGCGGACUGGCAAGCAGGCCGCCAAUGCCUCACGAACCUUUGCUACCACAGCUCGCAGGAACGCCGAAGUUGAGCUCACAGUUGACGGAAAGAAGGUGUCAGUCGAAGCCGGCUCCGCCCUGAUUCAAGCUUGCGAAAAGGCAGGCGUCACAAUCCCCAGAUAUUGCUACCAUGAAAAGCUCGCGAUUGCCGGUAACUGCCGUAUGUGCUUGGUCGAAGUCGAGCGCGCCCCGAAGCCCGUAGCCUCCUGCGCAUGGCCCGUCCAGCCCGGUAUGGUCGUCAAGACCAACUCCCCUAUCACACACAAGGCCCGUGAGGGUGUCAUGGAAUUCCUCCUCGCCAACCAUCCUCUUGACUGCCCUAUCUGCGACCAGGGUGGUGAGUGCGAUCUCCAGGACCAGUCGAUGCGGUACGGUGGCGACCGUGGCCGUUUCCACGAAGUCGGUGGCAAGCGUGCCGUCGAGGACAAGAACAUCGGCCCCCUCAUCAAGACCUCUAUGAACAGAUGUAUCCACUGCACACGAUGCGUUCGUUUCUCGAACGACGUUGCCGGCGCCCCCGAGAUGGGCUCUUUUGGCCGUGGCAACGACAUCCAGAUCGGUACCUACCUCGAGCAGAACCUUGACUCCGAGCUCUCCGGCAACGUCAUCGAUCUUUGCCCCGUCGGUGCCCUCACUUCCAAGCCUUACGCUUUCCGCGCGAGACCCUGGGAGCUGAAGCACUCCGAGUCCAUCGACGUUCUCGACGGCUUGGGAUCCAACAUCCGCGUCGACUCCCGUGGCCUCGAGGUCAUGCGUAUCCUGCCCAGACUCAACGACGACGUCAACGAGGAGUGGAUCAACGACAAGACCCGUUUCGCCUGUGAUGGACUGAAGUCCCAGAGAUUGACCAUGCCCUUGAUCCGCCGUGAGGGCAAGUUUGAGCCCGCCGACUGGGAGCAGGCCCUCACCGAGAUCUCCAACGCCUACCACCACCUCCAGCCCAAGUCCAACGAGUUCAAGGUCAUUGCUGGUGAGCUGACCGAGGUCGAGUCUCUGGUUGCCAUGAAGGACCUUGCCAACAAGCUGGGCUCCGAGAACCUGGCUCUUGAUAUGCCCUCUGGAAGCAAGCCCAUCGCCCACGGUGUCGACGUCCGCUCCAACUACCUGUUUAACUCCAAGAUCUACGGUAUUGAGGAGGCUGAUGCCAUCCUGAUUGUCGGCAGCAACCCCCGCCACGAGGCCGCUGUCCUCAACGCCCGUAUCCGCAAGCAAUGGCUUCGCUCUGACCUCGAAAUCGGUGUUGUUGGCGAGACGUGGGACUCCACAUUCGAGUUCGAGCACCUCGGUCUUGACCACGCCUCUUUGAAGCAGGCUCUUGCCGGUCCCUUUGGCAAGAAGCUGCAGUCUGCCAAGCGCCCUAUGAUCAUCGUGGGCUCUGGUGUCACUGACCACGUUGACGCCAAGGCCUUCUACGAGACCAUUGGUGCCUUCGUUGACAAGAACGCUGCCAACUUUAUCACUCCCGAGUGGAACGGAUACAACGUUCUCCAGAGAGCUGCUUCCCGCGCUGGUGCCUUCGAGGUCGGUUUCGUCACUCCCUCCACCGAGGUUGCCGAGACCGCCCCCAAGUUUGUCUGGCUUCUUGGUGCCGAUGAGAUCUCCGAGAAGGACAUCCCCAAGAAUGCCUUCGUCGUCUACCAGGGCCACCACGGUGACCGCGGUGCCCAGAUCGCCGACGUCGUUCUCCCUGGCGCUGCCUACACCGAGAAGGCUGGCACGUACAUCAACACCGAGGGCCGUGUCCAGAUGACCCGUGCCGCCACUUCUCUCCCUGGCGCUGCCCGUACGGACUGGAAGAUCAUCCGUGCCGUCAGCGAGUUCCUCGGCGCCCCUCUGCCCUAUGACGACGUUGCUCAGCUCCGCGACAGAAUGGUUGAGGUCAGCCCGGCCUUGGCGGCUUACGAUGUGGUUGAGCCCGUCGCUCUGCAGCAGCUGAGCAAGGUUCAGCUCGUCGACCAGAACAAGGGCUCUAAGGCCAGCGGCACCCCCUUGAAGAAGGUCAUCGACAACUUCUACUUCACAGACGUCAUCUCAAGAAGCUCACCGACCAUGGCCCGCUGCUCCGCAGCCAAGGCCACUGGCAACCCCAAGACCAACUUCAUGGCGCCAGGCAUGGAGGAGGACAGGCCGAUGGGUCAGAUUGCGUACGGGGCAUGAGGGACAGGCUGUACGAGUAUGACUGGCGAGAAGCGAAGAAAAGAAAGCUCCUUUGUUUGGGAUGGAUGCAUUGCUUGUACAUAAUAGCACGCGUGGGUAGAGUGAGGCGAGUAGUUGAAGAAAGUAAAUACCUUAAACUAGGUACCAUGUGACGAC